AUGGUGCCGUCGCCCCGUAGCGGCCGCAUUGCGUCUGGGCGAGAGCAGGGGGGAAACCAGUGCGAGGCUAGCUGCCGCUGCCGCUGCCACUCGGUCAGCAGCUACUCGUGGCGCAUGACGUCGCUGCGGUCGGUCCUGGGGGCCAUCACAAUGACGUACGCGUCGCGCAACGGCGGCGGCCAAGGCGCGUGCACCAGCAGCCGGUGCCGGGGGCCCGGGGCGAGUCAGGAGCAGGCGGCCGCAGGAGGGUUCCGCGACCUGCGGCUGGUGUACCGGUUCCCAGACUGGGUCGUCCGAGCCGCCCUGUCCGUGUUCCUGUCGAGUAACCUCAAUGGCAGCCCGCAGCUCAACGUGCGCAUGCACAACCGGCUGCACUGGGACACGAUCAACACGGGCUCCGAGACGCUGUUCCGCUACAUCGUGCGAGGCGAAGCCGAUGGGGUGCGGCGGCUGCUGUCGGCGGGGCGGGCGUCCGUGUACGACACGCUCGGCGACACGGAGGAGCCGCCGCUGUGGACGGCGGUCGGGCUCGGCCAGGUCGAGGCCACGCGGCUGCUGCUGCAGGCGGGCGCCGACCCGUACCAGACCACGGCCGCCGGCGAGUGUCCCGUCGAGCUGGCCCUCGAGCACUCGCUGACGGGCGACGCCGCCAUGGUCGAGAUCGCCCGCCUGCUGCCCGUCGCCCGCUACCUCGACGACGCCGACUACCCGCCGCUGCACCGCGCCAUGGCCGGCGUGCUGCACGUCGACCUCGCCGACGCCCUGCACCGCCCCGAGUACGCUGCCGACGUCAACACCGGCAGCGCCGGCGGCAUGACGCCGCUGUACAUGGCGGCGGCGCGCGGCGACCUCGGCGCGGUGCGGCUGCUGCUGCGGGCGGGGGCGGACCCAGACGUGGCGACGACGUCUGGCUACACGCCGCUGCACGUGGCGUGCCGGUCGGGCCACCACGACCUGGCGCGGCUGCUGCUCGGCGCCGGGGCUAGCGUCGAGAAGAAGGACUCGAUGGGCCAGUCGCCACUCGUCGUGGCGGCGGGUGGGCUGCUGUACGCGGCGGACGCGACGCGCAUCCUGGCGCUGCUGGUGCGGCACGGCGCGGACCUGGGCGCGCGCGACAACUUCGGCGCCGAGCCCCUGAGCUGCGCGGCCGCGUUUGGCGCGCUCGAGUCGGUGCGGUUUCUAGUCCGCCGCGGCGCAGACGUCAACCACCGCGACUGGGAGGGCGACAUCGCCCUCGUCGAGGCCAUCAUGCGCAGCCGCGCCGACGUCGCGCGGUUCCUGCUCGCGCACGGUGCCGACGUGCGGAAUGUCAACAGUUUCGGGCGUAGUAUCUUGCAUGUUCUGGCAUACCAUGCGGAUGUCGAUAUGAUGGCCGUGUUUGCCGACGUCGGCAUGCGCGGCGUGAGUACGGCGGCCAGGGACGACGCUGGCAAGACGCCUCUGCAGCUGUUUAAUGAGAGGGACUCGACGCCCGAGCUGCGUAACGCGUUUGAUUGUCUCUUGGAUAGUGUCGAGGCGCAGAUGCUAGAUGACGGCGAGGGCGAUCCUAGGUCUAAGGAUGAGGAUGAGGAUGAGGGCGAUCCUGGGUCUGAGGAUGGGGAUGAGGAUGAGGAUGUGUUUGUGGACGCGCGCGAGAACUGGGAGUAA